GAGCGAGUCUACAUCUGGCGGGAAACACGCGCUCUUCCCUCAUAUGUUCGGAAAAUCCACUAAAACACAUUUUCCACUAAAUGAUCAAUCAAUUUAGCCGCGGGGGCGUAUAAUACGAGUAAAAAUGCCGGUAAACACGGCAGGUGCAGGCGUCCACGCGGGUCAGCGGGCAGGUUGUAAAGUGAGACGACCACUAUUCCAAAUAUGGGGUUGGAUUUGUCGAGUAUGUGGCGGUGUGGUAGGGUCGCACCAAAAUUAGAGGAGCAGCCACGUACAGCCUGUGUGUGUGUGUGGACGCUAGUGUGUGGUGCCUCCUGCUUCCCCUCAGUGGAUGCCCGUGUUGUUCCCGCCAGUGGCACGAAUGCGAUAAUACGCCAUCCAUAACCUUCUUGGCCUGACGGAAACUCGACUUGUUAUGCUUGGUUGUGCUUGCUGAUCGGGGGGCGCGCCUUACAUCAGUGGUGUGUGUUUGUUGCAAUGUUUUAGAGCAGGUGAAGUGCUUGUUUUGUAACCGUGAGAUGUUUGUGUUGACAUUCACGACUCGACCCGCGACGCAGGCCUACAGAAAUGCGCACAGGAUGUAAAUUGAAGAGGAUUUAUUCAUUAUAGAAAUUAUGCAGAGCGGGGAGGCGGUAAGCCAUGAGGAACAGAUGACGUUGUCGCCAAGCCCCGCCCCCGCGGCCACGUCUGUCUCAGCCACGUCCCUGGCCUCCCUCCCCACCCUCUCCCCCUCCCUGGCCUCCUCCCCUCCCGUCAGCUCCCCCUCCAUCGCCUCCUCCCCCCCCAUCACGUCGCCGGUCUCGCCGACGUCACUCUCCUCCUUGAGAACUACCUCAUCAGCUGCCCUUCUGCACCUCGAGAAGCAAGCCAGUUUAGCGAACAAGCUAAGGUUAAGUAAGAUUCUGGGCAACCAUGCAGCCACGCCUCCCUUCGACGUGCGCUCGUCGCUGAUUGGUGACGACGACGAUGAUGGGCGGAGCGACAUACGGGUUCUCUCGCCCUCAUUGGUCAACAGCCAAGUGUUGUCCAAGACCCGGCCGCUCUCCCCUGACCCCCCCGACCCCCCUGGGACCCACCUCCCCAAUGGCGAAGGACUGGGCGGUGCGGAAACAGAGAGAAGACAGAAUACGGGGAAAACAGAUGAAGAUGGAGAAAAAACAACAAAGGGGAGAGGAAGGUAAGUUAACGAAUGAGUACAUAGGAUAAUUAGGAAUAAUAAGGAUGAAAAAAAACGAAAGGAAAAUAAGAGCGGGUGUUAAGUUAACGAAUGGGUACAUAGGAUAACCAAGAAGAAAACAGGAGAUAGAGUGAAGAUGAAAAUAAAGGGAGUGAUAAGUUAACGGCAGAAACAACGAAAAGAAAAUUAAAGAGAAAGGUGUGCAUAAAAGGGAAAAGGGGAUUAUUCGAUUAUAUAUAUCUGUCUAUCUAUCUAUCUAUAUCU